GCGAGACCCGCAGCUGUUUCGCUCCAAAGCUGAGCCGGGACUGGCUCAUUCCUGGUUCGCUGCCUGCACCUGGCCGAGUCUGGGUGACGGGGAGCCGCGAUCGCCGCGCGAACGUCCUGGUGAGGGAGCUGGAAGACAGGCUUGUAGAACUAUAACGCUGCCUGCAGAGAUUUGAAAAAUGGCAACAAAUGAAAGUGUCAGCAUCUUCAGUUCAGCAUCUCUGGCUGUGGAGUAUGUAGACUCACUUUUACCUGAGAAUCCGCUGCAAGAACCAUUUAAAAAUGCUUGGAACUAUAUGUUAGAUAAUUACACAAAGUUCCAGAUUGCAACAUGGGGGUCCCUCAUAGUUCAUGAAGCCCUUUAUUUCUUGUUCUGUUUACCUGGAUUUUUGUUUCAAUUCAUACCUUUCAUGAAAAAGUACAAAAUUCAAAAGGAUAAACCAGAAACAUGGGAAAACCAGUGGAAAUGCUUUAAAGUACUUCUCUUUAAUCACUUUUGUAUCCAGCUUCCUUUGAUUUGUGGAACUUAUUAUUUUACAGAGUGUUUCAAUAUUCCUUAUGAUUGGCAAAGAAUGCCAAGAUGGUAUAUGCUUUUGGCAAGAUGCUUUGGUUGUGCGGUGAUUGAGGAUACCUGGCACUAUUUCCUACAUAGGCUUUUACACCACAAAAAAAUAUAUAAAUAUAUUCAUAAAAUUCAUCAUGAGUUUCAGGCUCCAUUUGGAAUGGAAGCUGAAUAUGCACAUCCCCUGGAAACUCUAAUUCUUGGAACUGGAUUUUUCAUUGGAAUCGUACUUUUAUGUGAUCAUGUAGUUCUUCUUUGGGCAUGGGUGACCAUUCGUUUGCUAGAAACUAUUGAUGUCCACAGUGGUUAUGAUAUUCCUCUCAACCCUCUAAACCUCAUCCCUUUCUAUGCUGGUUCUCGGCAUCAUGAUUUUCACCACAUGAACUUCAUUGGAAACUAUGCUUCAACAUUUACAUGGUGGGAUAGAAUUUUUGGAACAGACUCUCAGUUUAUUGCCUACACUGAAAAGAUGAAGAAGGUUGAGAAAAAAGACUGAGUAAAUAUCUAUUUAAACCUUCCUGAAGACAUACGUACAUUUUCCUGAAUUAAACCUAGUAGCUAACAUUGCUUUUGGGGAGCAGAAAUAAAUGUGUCUUGGCUGCUAAGUGAUAAAAAAAAAAAUUAACAACCUUUAUCUUUCUAGUGAGAACUUUCUCCAUUCAAGUUCUGUAUGUGUAGAAAUAAGAAAGGAAGUUUUAAAGGCCAUGUUGGUUUUACGUAAUGGAAAAAGUAUUAAUCUAUGUCUUUUCACCCAGUAAUGCCAUAGGUCUGAAGUUGAAAUUGGUCUUUGAAUCUUCUGAAUAUAUAGUGGGCAUUUCCAAAACUCUGGUAGUGGAUGUUGGCCUCAUUGAACUUGAGACAGUUGUUUUAGGAUUUGCCUAAAGAUCAAAAUGUCAUGCGUUGAAUGACAUCAAUUGCUACAAAGUGAGUAAGGCUGCAAAAUGAGGACUAGCCAGCACCGAGAAUUUACACUCUGUGUGGAGCUGACUAAUUUAGGGUGAUUCUCUUUCUUUGAGAAGUCCUUUUGCAUUCCAAUGUACUACUGGCGUCUCUUAAGACAUUUUGGAUUGAUGGAAGUGGAAUAUUUUCGUCUAAAGGUUUUCAAGUUUCUUGAACUUUUUUAAAAAAUGAAGCUUUAUUUCUGUUUACUUGUUAAUAUUUGAAAAUCAGGUUUUUAUUAUACUUAAAGCUGUAUCUUGAAACUUUGUGAACUGACUUGGUGUAUUUGCACAUUGAGCUAUUGAAAUAAAUGUGAUUUUUUUUUGUCUGAUUA